AUGAUUGAAAUCCGCAAAGCCACCUUGGCCGAGGUGGCCGACAUCAUCCGCAUCGGCCGGGGCGUCUUUGCCCUUACCUUUGGCCACUCCGUGCCGGACUCGGAGCUGCAGGCCUACCUGGACUCGGCCUACACGGAACCCCUCAUCUCCGCCGAGCUGCAGGACGCCACCAAGGACAUUUUCGUGGCCGUUGACCGCCCGGACUCGGACAAGCGGACAAGCCCCGACUCGGACGAGUCCAGCACCGCCGACAGCCCGGCCGUGGUCGGCUUCGCGCAGCUCACGCGCGGCACCUCCGUCGCCGAGCCGUGCGUCGCCCGGCUGCCCCAGGCGUCCUCCUCUGCCGAGCUGCAGCGGCUAUACGUCGCCGCCUCGCACCACGGGCAGGGCAUCGGGCGCCGUCUGGCAGCGGCGGCGGAGGACGUCGCCCGCGACGAGGGGUUCACGCACAUGUGGCUGGGCGUGUGGGAGGAGAACGGCGCGGCGGCGCGGGUGUACGCCAAGCUGGGCUACUCGGGGAUCGGCUUCCACGACUUUGCGGUGGGAAGCGUGGUGCAGCGCGACGAUAUCUUGAUGAAGCGACUAUAA